UAGCUCAAACCAGAUGGGACAACGAUUCGCGGAAGUGGGUAAAAGGUGAAACUUGACGAGUAGCCAUCACAUAAGUUUUAAACUAUCGGAAAACUAAACUUUAGAGUUUAAAAGGCAUAGUUAGAGCAUGUUAAAUAACUCAUUUUAAAGUAUUUAGACUAAAUACAUAAAGUAUGUUUAAGAACUGGUCAAGCUGGCUUGGAGCAGAGAAAGAAAGCGGCCAAGUUACAGAAGAGCCUGCUGAUGCUAACGAAGAAAAACGCUUUAGUGAAAUAAACAAACCGAGCGACCAGCAGGGCAGAGAUGCUGGGACAGAUGCUCAGCUUCUCCAAAAAGCAAAAGGUUUCAGUGGUUACAUUUAUAAUUUUGCCAGCAGCGCCUCAAAAAAAUUAUCUGAGUCCGUAGUAGAAACAGCUCAAACCUUAAAGAAGAGCGUGGAGGAGGGGAAGAUCAGUGGAAUUAUUGAUAAGACCAUUUUGGGUGAUUUCCAGAAGGAACAAGAAAGGUUUGUUCAGGAGAAAAGAGCUAAAGAGUAUGGUGCUGCUGUGCCUCUAUGGGUGGGUUAUAAUGAAGAGGAUGCCAUACAGGAACAAAUAUUAGCUCUCUCAGCUGAUAAAAGAAAUUUUUUGCGUGACCCCCCUGCUGGGGUGCAGUUUUACUUUGACUUUGACCAAAUGUAUCCAGUCGCCAUGGUUAUGCUAGAGGAAGACGAGCUCCUGAGGAAGAUGCGCUUCCAUCUGGUCCCCAAACAGGUGAAAGAGGAAGUCUUUUGGAAGAAUUACUUCUACCGCGUGUCUUUGAUAAAACAGUCGGCUCAGCUCACAGCUCUCGCAGCCCAACAGGCGGCUGAGUGGAUUGAUGUGAAGAAAACCUCCUACCCUUGCAAAGAUCCUCAUCAAAAUGAUGCAGUUAAAUCAAAAGCCAGCAGCCUCCAACCAAAAUCAAGUGAGGAUGAAGAAGAACUCUCCACCAGUCUGCAGCUGUCUGAAUUUGUAAGUGAUACUUUUGACUCCUGUGAGAUCAACAAGGACGACCUGUGCAAAGAGAUGCGAGAGCUGGUUCUGGACAAGAGGGAAAACCUAAAUCCAGAGCAGGAGGAGAUGCCAGACUGGGAGAGAGAGCUGCAGGAAGAACUUCGGGAGUACGACGUGUUGGCUGACAGCGAAACCCACGAUGAUAACUGGGACAAGGAGAUCGAAGAGAUGCUGAAGGAGGAGAGUUAGAGUAAUGAGCGACACCUUCAGAGGCGCUUUGGUGAUUUCUUACAUCUUCGGUCUUCCAACAGCUCUCCGUGGAUCCAUGCGCUCCCCAGAUGAAGAGCUGGGAAGUUUGCAUUCAUGCGUGUUUAAUUCAAAAUGUGAAGAAAAAAUGGAUGUUACAAAGACAAUGUGUCUCACAUUAAUAGAAGUUUACAGUAUAUAUUUGUGCUUCAGGGCGGGGCUAAGUUGUGAUUGAUAAGUCAUUAACAAAUGAGCUUACAGCAUUCUUGGGUUUCACAGUCAGAUCCAUUGUACCUCGGUUUUAAAAAGCUGAGACACUAAAGAUAACCAGUUUGGGUCACAUGUGACAUCACAGUGGCUGUGCCCAUUAUUUAUAUGCAGUCUUUCAUCAUACAUAUUAUGUGAGGCUAUGGCAAAAAAACAAGCAACACACUGAAGGAAGAAUACAAGCGCUGCUUCGUUUGCACAGCAGGCUUGUGUGGAAGCUACAUUUCUGGCAGAAAUUAUAUAUUAAACCGGACUAUGAACAGUGAAGAUUCUCUGUAAUUCAUUAAACCAGAGAUUUUAGUUUUGAUCUGGAGAAUUUCAUGAAACCAGUGAAGUAUAACUCUCAAAGUUUAUCCUCGACUGAGCCACCCUUUUUCAUACAUACAAAUGAUUUGUUGGUUUGUCAUGCUUUUUAAAUGCUGUUAAUAAAAUACCUACAGGCUUUGGACUCCAUGUAUUUCACCAAAUUUAUUAAACAGAUGAGUGAACAUGCAGGUUUUUUGAAUGCAUUGUUUAAUGUGAAACCAUGCCGGUCCGAAGCAGUCUUCCUCUUGUUUAUGUUUUUUGGGACUUUUCCCCCCUUAUUUUUGUACAUUAAAGAUGUUUUUCUGCA